AUGCUAACGCUCUAUACCUUAUCUUUUGUCUUUUUUGUGCUUCUUACUGGUCUCGCAGUUGUCGCUUCUGGACUCAGUAUCGUCGUUCAAGCUCGGUUAGCCAAGGAGGUCGUUGCAAACUGGAACGUACUGAUAAUUGUUGGGUCUUACGUUGCACUUGCAUUAAUCUCGGCUGCUAUCUGGAUUCGAAGGAAGCGCCAGGCUGCAAAGCGACUGAGGUCCAUUCCAAAAGCGUUUAUCCCAAUCAAAGAUGGAGAUGUUCCCAGACAUGUUGUGAAGUUAGUUGCCGCGGAAUACGAUCGCGCAGCUUGUAUCGCGUACGUUUCCCUUCCCAAGGGUGCUGAGCAUCCUGGAUGGGGUGCACCAGGGACCGAAUUCGAAGGUAUCUCAUUUAGACGAGAAAUCCCAGCUACUUUCCAAUCCAUCGCUGCUACCGCCCAACAACUCCUCCCAUCUCUUCCGGCGCCAUCGCCUUUUGUCCGACCUGCUGCGUACCUGCUCCCGUUAAGUCGGUUGGUGAAAAUGGUAAACGUAUCCGUGUGGGAUGAUGUGGAAAGGUAUAGCGAACUUGUUGAGAGGUGUCGUUAUGGUGGACCGCCGAGUGUAGAGAUGUACCGCGAGGCGAGAGCGUGCGUUGAGCGCAUCGAAGGGGUAUUCAACACCAUCAUGUUGGCUCUAAAUAAAGAAGGCCAAUCGGUGAUGUCCCUUCUCACGAGCUCUGAAUGGACUUCCCAUGGGCAAGAUGAUGAGAGUUCUUCGAGUAUUACGGUAUCGGAAAAACAGAGAGGGUAG